AUGGGCACGAUAAUCGGUGAAGGCGAUUUCAGGUACGAGCACAUAAUUGACUGGCACAAGAUGCCGGAGGGCGCGAGGCUUAUCGAGACGCCGGGCGUGGCGGUGGACUCACAGGACGAUGUUUACGCAUUCAGUCGGAAUCCGGACUACCCGGUUAUGGUAUUCGGACAGGACGGCGCCUUCGUCCGCGGAUUCGGGAAGGGCAUAUUUGGCAACCGCACGCACGGCAUAUACGUCGGUCCCGAGGACACCAUCUACUGUGUGGACGACGGCAUACACACUAUCACCAAAUUCACCCGCGAGGGCGAACUGCUUAUGACCAUCGGCACGUCGGGCGUGUCCUCCGAAAUAUGGAAGGGAGAGCCGUUUAACAGGCCCACUCACGCCGCGGUGUCUAGGAAGACCGGCCACAUAUACAUUUCGGACGGCUACGGCAACUUCAACGUCCACAAGUACACGGGCGAAGGCGAGUAUGUCAAAAGCUGGGGCGGCCCCGGCAUCGAUCCGGGCGAGUUCCUGCGCCCACACAAUAUCGCGGUGGACAACGAUGACCGCGUGCUGGUCGCGGACCGCGAGGCGCACCGGAUACAGGUCUUCGACGCAGACGGAAACGUACUGGACGUUUGGAACAAUAUACAUAUGCCUAACGGCAUGACCAUCGGGCCGGACGACAAUAUAUACGUGGGUGAACUACCUGGCGCGACCCAGGCCGACCCGACGCCGCCUCGACAUGGACAUCGCGUGACUAUCUACGACAACAGCGGCAGACGACUUGCACUGCUCGGCGCGGAUGACGAAGGCGAGGAGUCCGGCGCGUUCAUAGCUCCGCACGGCAUGGGAGUUGACAGCCACGGCAAUAUAUACGUCGGCGAGGUCUCCUACACCAUCCGCGGCAGCCGCAUGGACCCGCCCAAAGAACUCCGCAGCUUCACCAAGCUCGCCAAGGUCAGUCAGGCAAGCAUCUAA